UUGGCUGUCUCUGAGGAUGCUGCCUUCUCAGAGUUAUAGCAACAUCACCUUCUUCCAGCCAUACACUUUCCUCAUGAUUGGCAUCCCAGGGUAUGAGGCUGUCCACGGCUGGAUCUCCAUUCCCUUCUCGUCCAUGUACACAGUGGCACUCACGGGAAACUGCCUCAUCCUCCUGGCUGUAAGGAGAACCCCUAGCCUACACCAGCCCAUGUACUACUUCCUAUCCAUGCUGGCCCUCAGUGAUGUGGGUCUCACCUUGUCCACACUGCCCACCACCCUGGCUGUGCUCUGGUUCAACUAUCGUUUCAUUGGUUUCAAUGCCUGCCUGGUACAGAUGUUCUUCCUACACUCUUUCUCUGUGGUGGAGUCCUCAGUUCUCCUGGCCAUGUCAUUUGACCGCCUUGUGGCCAUCUCCAACCCUCUGCGUUAUGCAGCUGUCCUCACAAAUAAUGUCAUUAUCAGGAUUUGGGUGGCCAUUGUAGCUCGAGCAACAUUGUCUCUCUUCCCAGGGCCCUUCCUAUUGAAGCGACUUAACUAUUGCCCUGGCAGGAUCCUCCUGUCACACUCCUUCUGCUUCCAUGCUGAUGUCAUGAAGCUGGCCUGUGCCGACAUUACUGUCAACAUCCUCUAUGGACUCUAUGUGGUUCUCUCCACUGUGGGUAUAGAUUCCUUACUGAUUGUUCUGUCCUAUACCCUGAUUCUUCAUACAGUGAUGGGACUGGCCUCUCCCAAGGAGCGCAUCCGGGCUCUCAACACCUGUGUUUCUCAUAUCCUAGCUGUCCUGAUUUUCUACAUCCCAGUCAUAGGAGUGUCCAUGAUCCAUCGUUUUGGGCGGUACCUGCCCCAUAUUGUACAUGCUCUGGUUGCCUAUGUGUACCUGAUGGUGCCUCCUGUGCUGAACCCCAUCAUCUACAGUGUCAAGUCCAAGCCCAUCAGAGGGGCCAUGCUCAGGGUGCUGAGAGGAAAAGACCAGAUUUGAUGACACAGG